AUGAUGAUCACUGUGCCACCACUUGCCUCCAAGUCCUUAGGAGUGCACGUUGCACGGAUCAUCAUAUCUAUUUCUCCCAAUAAUAAUCUGCCGGACUAUGCCCACAAACCAUUCUGUAUGACUGAAAACAUGAACAUGCCUAGUACUACCACACCACUGGUGCUCAAACCAUCCUCCCGUACUCUGAGACGUUGCAAAACUGCUGCGUCGGUACUCAAGGAGCUGAAGACAUCUCCUGGAGGUUUUUAUGCUGCAAUGCCUAGGCUUGCUUAUCGCACCGAAUAUUUUUCAGGAAGGGAUGGUAACAUCCUCAUCACCAAGGGUCUAGACCACGAUGAAGAAUUUAUCAUCCACAGUGUAUUCAAAGGAUCUUCAAUCCCAUUGUCUCUAUCACUUCCCAAUAUAGCGCGACUUAUAUCUCACCCAGCGCGCUCCAGCGCUUCCGCCCAUCCUCCGUCCAUCCAUUCCAUGUCUGUUCAGUUCGUCGCUUAUGGCCAUAUUCCAUAUGUUUUCCAUUAUGGACCCUUUUAUUACAUAUUAUCUCGCGUCCACUUUGCUUCUCGAUUCGCUCUAGCACUUGACAGCACUUAA